UCAGUGUUACUUUUAAAUUGAUUUGGUUGAAAUUUGAUUUCCUCUCUUCCUCCAUUCGACGUCCAGUCCGGUUAUGAAAUCUUGUUGGGCUCCUUCCAAUCGAGUCGGCUGUUGAGCAGUAGGUAGCAGACUAGCCAUAAUGGAACAGGGCGCCAGACGUUUAUCUCUGGGCUCGAGUCCUUUGAAAAUCCCCCUCACGGAUAUGGAACAAACCCUAGAAAUUCCAUCAUCCGAAACACCAACAACAAGUGAAGAUCCGAUGGAUAUUGUAACUGAACCUCCUAACAAUCCUUGUUCUAAUUCCGAUUCUGACCCGGAAUCCGAUGACGAUGAAGCUCUCCAGAUACAAACCCUAGAAACUCAGCUUUCUACUAACCCAUCUGACUACGAUGCUCAUCUUCAAUAUAUAUCAGUUUUGAGAAAGCAAGGGGAAAUUGAUAAGCUACGGUUAGCAAGGGAGGCUAUGGCUCAAAUCUUUCCUCUCACUCCUGCAAUGUGGCAACAAUGGGCCAAUGAUGAAAUUUCCCUCAUCUCCUCCUCUUCUAGUUAUGAUGGUGCAAUUCGUGUGAUUGAGAAGCUCUAUGAGCGUGGAGUGUCUGAUUACUUGUCUGUUCAUCUGUGGUGUGACUAUCUGAACUUCAUUCAAAAAUAUGAUUCUGAUGUUUGUGAAGGCUCACCCACUGGAAUAUUAAAGGCAAGAGACCUAUUUGAGCAUGCUCUUAUUGCAUGCGGUUUGCAUGUUGCUGAAGGUAGCAAGUUGUGGGAAGCAUACAUAACUUUCGAGGAAACAAUUUUUAAAAGCAUGGAUGAGAGAGACUUGGAGGGUAGGCAAAAGCAAGUCCAAAGAAUUCGCAAUAUAUAUCAUCGUCUUUUGUCUAUUCCUCAUCGGGACUUGAGGUCAACUCUUCUUACAUACAAGGCUUGGGAAUCUGAGCAUGGGAAUGUUCUCGAUGUCAGUAGCAACAGUAUAGACGGAAUAUCCCCUAGUGUUGCUUCCACAUAUCAGAAGGCUUUAGAUAUGCUGAGUGUGCGUGCUGACUUUGAAGAAAAAAUAGUAAGAAAUGAUGUGCCUGAUGCAGAACGGCUUCAAAGUUUUAUGGCUUACUUGAAGUUUGAACAGUCAUCUGGAGAUCCUGCUCGUGUUAAAAUCCUGUAUGAACGCUCGAUAAGUGAAUUUCCAGUAUCUGGUGAUCUAUGGAUUGAUUACACCCACUACCUCAACAAAACACUAAAGGCAGACAAAACGUUGAGAGAUAUAUUUAGCCGGGCCACCAGGAACUGUCCAUGGGUUGGAGAACUAUGGGUUCGUUUCAUGCUAUAUCUUGAACGCAGUCGUGGUUCUGAGAAAGAACUUUCUGAUGUGUUCGAAAGAUCUUUGCAAUGCACGUUUUUCACUAUCGAUGAGUAUGCAGACAUAUUUAUGACGAGAGUGGAUGGCCUGAGGAGGAGAAUCUUGGCUGCGAAAGAACCGGAUGAUGGCUUAAAUAUAUCUUUGAUACGGGAUACUUUUCAGAGGGCAUGUGAUUAUUUGUCACCACAGCUGAAGAACACAUAUAGUUUGCUGCAAAUACAUAGCUAUUGGGCUCGUCUGGAGUCUACAAUUGGGAAGGACACAACUGCAGCUCGUGGAGUAUGGGAGAGCUUGCUUAAAAACAGUGGGUCUAUGUUAGAAGCCUGGAAAGGAUAUAUAUCCAUGGAAAUUCAGAUGGGGAACAUAAGUGGAGCUAGAUCUAUAUACAAGAGAUGCUAUACCAAAAGAUUUUCUGGGACAGGCUCCGAGGACGUAUGUAACUCAUGGAUACGGUUUGAGAGGGAAUUUGGUACGCUAGAUGAUUUUGAGCAUGCUUCACAGAAGGUAAGCCCUCGGCUGCAGGAGCUACAGUUUUUUAGGCUACAGGAAGAAAACAAAUUUAUUGCCUUAUCAACGGAUCACAAGGAUGAUCCUACUAAGGAGAAUAAAGGUGACAAGAGAAAGUCUGUUUCAGAUGUAUGUAAUGAAGAGUCACCAGCAAAGCGGCAAAAAGAUGACUCGAGGAAUCAAAAGGAGAAAUCUUAUUCUAAGAAUUCGGCUAAAGCACAUAAAGUGGAAAACCUUGUUACCCCGAACGAGAUGCCUCAUGGUGAAGAUGACGUAAAACCUAAAGAACCCACAACGGAGAAAUCCAAGCAAUACAAUGACCAAUGCACGGCCUUUGUAUCAAAUCUUAAUUUAAAGGCUACUAAUGAGGACUUGAAACGUUUCUUCAAUGAUGUUGGUGGUGUUGUAGCCAUCCGAAUAUUGUUAGACAAGUUCACAAAAAAAUCAAGGGGAUUAGCAUAUGUAGACUUCUCUGAUGAUAUACACCUGGAGGCGGCCGUGGCUAAGAAUAAGCAAAUGUUUCUUGGAAAGAAGUUGAGCAUUUUACGUUCUGAUCCUAAAGGCAAAAGAAAAGGAUCCGUGGGACACAAAAGUCCAGCAGAACAUGGUCAGGGGAAAAAAGGAGAAGAUUAUAGACAUGGAAAAGUUGAACUCAAGGGGAGAAACACUUUUGCUGUUCCAAGAACAGUUAAAGCCCUAGGUUGGUCUAGCACUCAAGCAUCAUCAGCAGCUACAGAAGGUGAAGAAGAGAGGCCCAAAACGAACAAGGAGCUGCGAAACAUUUUGUUGAAGACAACGUGAAGUUUCUAUGCCAUAUUUAACUUUCGUGUGAAGGUUAGCAGCAAUCGGAAAUAGACAAGAGCUGUUUAAAGAAGACGUGAUGUUACCAGUUAUAUGAGAUCCCCGACUAUGCAACAAAUGCUUUUUCUAAAGCAUUGUUCAUUAUGUACAUUCUUGUUUUCAAGCUGAAAAUUCUGAUUCUAUGCUUUGGUGUGUACUAACUGGUCUGUAGGGGAAAGGAUUUAAUUGAGGAUCUUAAAUGUAGGGGAAAGGAUUUAAUUGAGGAUCCUAAAUUUUCAUAAUUUCACACAAAUAGUUAGUGACAAGACUAGAUUUUUCAAA